GCGUUAACUAAUGACACGUCUGAGCGAAAUGAUGGAAAAACAGCCCAGAUUACUGUCUUCGAAGCUUUUCCAGAGGCACAGACAGUUUGAAGUUGUUCUCAAUCGCAGUGUUUUGGCUUGGAAGGAAAUUGAGAGGAGCAGACAACGAAGCUCAGGCAUCAGCAGUGAAUCUGAAACAGCUCACAGUCAUGCCAUCCAGGUGUGUGAAAUAGUGGCUGUCCGCAAGAGUGAAGAAGACGACCAAGACGACACAAAGACUGGGGGUCAGAAAAAAGCAAAGCAGCGCUACCAGCUGUAUCCCCAUGCAUUCACAGUUUCAUACGUGAGGAGGACGGGGCAGCACCAGUGGCGGUGUAGCGACGUCACCUUCCACUGUGCCAAUCAGGCGCUCUGUGAGGAGUGGAUCCAAGUUAUCAAUGAGCAGCUGUCACUACUCGCCAGCCGACCGAAGAGUCUUCUGGUGUACAUCAAUCCCUACGGCGGAAAGCGGCGCGGGAAGCGUAUUUACGAGCAGAAGGUGGCUCCACUGUUUCGCCGCGCCUCCAUCUCGGCCGAUGUGAUUGUUACAGAGCGUGCCAAUCAUGCAAGGGACCACUUGAAAACGGAGGCCAAUCUAGAUAAAUAUGACGGGGUGGUGUGUGUUGGUGGAGAUGGGAUGUUCAGCGAGAUUCUGCACGGGUUGGUCACCAGGACCCAAACUGACCACGGUGUGGACCAGAACCAACCAGAUGCUGAAUUGGUGCCGUGUUCUCUACGCAUAGGGAUCAUUCCUGCAGGGUCCACUGAUUGUAUCUGCUUUGCCACAGUGGGAACCAACGAUCCAGUUACUUCUGCUUUACACAUCAUUGUGGGUGAUUCCCAGCCGAUGGACGUGUGUUCAGUUCACCACAACGACUUCUUCCUCAGAUACUCGGUCUCGUUGCUCGGCUACGGUUUCUAUGGAGAUGUGCUGACAGACAGCGAGAGGAAGAGAUGGCUAGGUCCCGCCAGAUAUGACCUGUCAGGGGUCAAAACCUUCCUGAGCCACAACUACUACGAAGGCACCGUCUCCUUCCUCCCCGCCGAGGACGACAUGGGGAACCCCAGGGACAAGCUGCAGUGUCGAUCCGGGUGCCACGUCUGUCAGCACAAGCCCUCAUCAAAGGACAAGCCGUGGGAGACGUCGGAGGAGAAGGAAAAGUCGGAUAAAGAUAGCAGCAGUGGUUGGAGUGUGAUCCGUGGAAAGUUCAUUGCCAUUAAUGCAGCCAGCAUGAGCUGUGCGUGUCCCCGAAGCCCGAAAGGCCUGUCGCCCUCCGCCCACCUCGCCGACGGCACCACCGACCUCAUCCUCGUCAGGAAGUGUUCCCGCUUUGACUUCCUCAGACACCUGCUUCGUCACACCAACAAAGAAGACCAGUUUGACCACUCCUUUGUGGAGGUCCACCGGGUGAGGACGUUUCGUUUCCAGCCGCGCCACCAGGAGCCGGUUUCCCUAGAGGACCUGAGCGAGACCCCGAAGAAGAAGGGCUUCGGUCCCAUAUGCUCCGGCCAAAUGACCUGCAACUACAGCAAAGCCCAAAGCAGCUGGACCUGCGACGGGGAGAUCCUGCCUCAUGCUGCCAUCCAAGCCAGUGUCCAGUGCCAGUUGAUCAGGCUGUUUGCCCGCGGUAUCGAGGAGCAGCAGCAGCAGCAGUAGUGUGUGUUUGAAGACCUUUGCACACUGCGGGCCCUGGAGCCAAGCACGUACUGCUCAGUGGACUUAGAGCUGGAUGGGAUAUUUAGCCGCUAGAAAACAAAACACAAAGUUGCACUUGGCAAGAUUCUCCUGGAAAAAACACAUGCAUCACAUCAGUGUAAACCCCAGAUGCUGGCAUCCCAUCUCUCUUUAAUGUGUUAGCCUGAAUGAAACGUGCAGGAAGUCCUCUCUCUGCACAAGAAGUGAUGGGAUGAAUCUUAAAGUUGAAGAGCUGCCACCACCAGCCAUAAAAAAGGAAAGAUGAAGAUGCGAAGAGACGUUUCUGAAGACCGCAAAAGUAGCAGCCUGGGUGUUCACACAGCCACAUAAAACAGAGAUGAACUGGACUGAGCUGGAUUCAGCCACAACAAUCAGCUAAAGAUUUCCAUACUGCCAUGAAGGAGAACUCAAAUAGGAUUUCUCCCUAUACAGAGAGGAGAGGCAGCCAAGGAGAUACAGCUUUGUAAGGAUGAAGAAAAGAAUGCAUGUGAAGUUCAGUGACAAACUGAAAAGACUUAAAAUGCCAGGACUGCAAAAAAAAAAACAAAAAAAAAAAAAACAAAAAAAACAUGCAAUCUGAUCCUCUCUUUUUGGGGAAAAUUGUUUCAUCUGUGACCCAGGUGAAAACAGAUAUGAGCCAGGGGCACUAAUGAAAAGAGCUGAAUACCCUGCUAAUACACUAACAGGACCCCGGUGGCUUCUGGGUAAUAAGGCAAAGUGGCUGCUAAGUGAUUUGGUGUGUCUCAGCACUGCUGCACUGCACCUGUGGCUCUGAGCUCUGCUCCU